CUUGGUUCUUAGUAGUAGUAGUUUUGCAGACCAGAGCAUCAGUUCAGUAAUGCGUCAAACCGGCCGUACACGUUGUUUCUUGAAGGAGUUACUGCAGUCAAAACUGUAGGUGAAUGGUAAAACGCUAUUAUAAGUGCAAAACAAAACACGACCACGUUCACCUGAUCAGGGUGAAAACUCAGCUUUGUAGCAACGCGCACAAUGGCCCUGGCGAGGGGCACCGAAUGCGUGUCGUCUCCUUCCGGAAGACUGUUACGGCAACCGAAGCAUUCGUGCGCGAAGCGUCUCAAGUUUUUCGGCGACAAGCAGAGGCCGCCGCCGCCACCGUUACGACGUCGCCGUCGUCGUUUUUUCCCACGUCCCACAAGCGGCGACAAUGUGGUUGGCCCGUACGCUGCUCCCUCGCGCACCCGUUCGCCCCUGCAAGAGGAACGUUGCCAAGGCCCGCGCGUGCGUGCGCGCGCGACCGCGUACUCCGUAGACGCCGUCCUUUCCGCACCUAAGAGGCACUGCGCUCUUUUCUUUCUGCGCGUACAUCGCAUACACGCACCUACGAAGGGUGCCAGCCCACGCUCAUCAUGCCGGCGCAUCUCGGUCCACUUCUUAUACUUUUUGGCCACGGUCUUCACCAAGCCGAGCGUCGCAGAAGACGUGGCUCCAGCAAUACAGCAAAUAAUUGCUUCGACGAAGGUCAACGCCGGCGAGAAGGCCACCGCUGCGUGCCUAUUGAAGCGAGGUUCCGAGCCUCUGACGUUUCAGUGGCUGAGGAGCAACGUGGACGCGUCGCUGUUGCCCAACGUGAGGGUGAUGCGCUUCGAAGACUAUCUCCUCUUGGUCAUAGACCCUGCCAGCACGGAGUCUUCAGGAAACUACACUUGCGCAGCGACCAACGCUUUCGGAAGCGACACCCAGACAACCCACAUCGAAGUAUCAGUUCCACCGGUGUGGAAGAAAGUACCCGGAGACACUGAAGUUCGCCACGGAAACAACAGGAGUUUCCAGUGCAUCGCGUUCGGCUCCCCUAAGCCGAACGUCACGUGGUCCAAAGCAGAAGAGUCACGCGAUGGCUGGAUUACACUCGGGGCGGAUUCCAGGCUUUCGUUCGAAGGUCCGACCAUGACCAUCACGGACCUCCAGAUUUCGGACACUGGCACAUACACCUGCGUCGCCAGAAACGGCGUUGGACCGGGCAUCACGGCUACUUUCAAACUCCGCGUCAACGAUGCACCCGUGGUCACGCCAUUCAGUUUCCCGACGGACCUCUCCGAAGGGUCCCCUGCGCAAGUUUUUUGUGCUAUAUCAAAAGGGGCGCUUCCAGUGUACUUCACAUGGCUCAAAGAUGGGAAGACCGUCAGCGGAGACAACCUUAAGGUCACCGCGUUCGAGAGGUACUCUGUGCUUCAGGUCUUGCAAGUGUCCGCUGCUGACGUCGGAAAUUACACCUGCUUCGCGAAGAACUUGCAGGGCAGCGACAGCUACUCGGUCAAGCUGGAGGUCAGAGCGCCUCCGCGUUGGUUGCGGGUGCCCUCCGACGUUUCAGCUUUACUCGGAAGCGAGGCCAGACUGUCCUGCCCUGUCGCCGGCUACCCGACUCCCAAAGUGACCUGGAACAAGAUGACAGAUGGGAAUCGGGCUCGGCUGGAAGCGAGCCAGUCUCUGACGCUCGAUCCCAGCGGCGUCCUCGUCUUGCACAGCGUGCAGCCUCGGGACCGCGGUGUGUACCUGUGCGAGGCCGACAACGGAGUCGGGGAGCCCAUCACCAACAGAGUCAGGCUCGCGCUCAACGUGCCGGCGAGGUUCGAAGAGAAGUCGACCGUGGUGACCGCCCGACGGACCGAGGUGACGCGGAUGAAGUGCCAGGCCACGGGUGACCAGCCGCUCUCCAUCGCCUGGUCCAAGGGCACCGUCAAGCUGGACAAGAGAACCAGCGCCCGGUACGAGGUGUUCGAAACCUUGACCCCUGACGGCCUCAUCUCCGAGCUGGUGAUCCGCGACACGGACCGCAGCGACGGCGCCCUCUACACGUGCCACACGCAGAACAAGUACGGCAAGGACGACAGGAAGGUCAAGCUCAUCGUCCAAGAGGUGCCAGGUCCUCCACAGGAUGUUCGCCUCAAGGACGUCUGGAGCCGAUCGGCGAGCGUGUCGUGGUCGCCAUCAUACAGCGGAAACAGCCCGAUCUCAAAGUACAUCGUCCAGUACUGGAGGGACCACGGCACGGCGCACAGGUUGCAUGAACUGGAGGUGAUCGGCUCAAUGACGUACACCAUGGUCCGCGACCUGCUGCCGGGCACCGCCUACGUGCUCAACCUGGUCGCCGAGAACGCCAUCGGCCGCGGCGAGCCGUCGAGAACCGUCGUCUUCCACACCGGCGAAGAAGAGCCUGAAGCAGCACCUGUCGACAUUCUGGUGGAGAUGAAAGGUCCUUCAACUGUGUACAUAUCUUGGAAGGCACCGCCAAGGGAGCACUGGAACGGCCACCUACUAGGCUACUACAUCGGCUACCGGCCCAGGGACACGGAGUCUCCGUUCUCGUACCGGCGAGUGGAGGCGUCGCCCAACAACGCCAGCCACGAGUACUUGCUCGGAGGCCUGCAGCGCGGCACCGAGUACUUGCUCGUGCUCAAGGCGUACAACAGCGCCGGCUCGGGACCAGCCUCGCAGGAAAAGACCGUGCGCACCAUGGACGGAGAUGUUCCCGAAGCUCCGCGGCUUUUCGUGACUGGAGUGAGCGCCGACACCAUGACGCUCCGGUGGGUGAUCAGGUCCAGCAGCGACGUUACAGGCUUCAACAUCCACUACAGGCAAGAAGGCGGCACGUGGCUGGAACUCCCGAUCGUGAACACAGCCAACAACACGUACACGCUGACCAACCUGCACCCAGGUUAUGUGUACCAGGUCUACGUGACCGCCUCCAACGUGCUGGGACGUGGCGACCCGAGCGCCAUACUUUUGGUCAAGACCGAGAGUACCGCGUCGGGACACGAAAGCUCGGCCAUCGAGAACAAGCAGGCGGACGACGAGGUACCCAUCUACAUGGACAUGGCCAUCAUGAUUCCGGCGGGAGCCAUCUUGCUGGCCGUGCUCGUCAUACUCUUCAGCACAUGCAUCUGCAUCCGAAAGAUGAAGAGCACGCCCCGACCAGUGCCUGAGAUCAUGAGGUACGACCCAGCUACCCUGAACACGGGAACCAUGAUGUCCCAGAGGUACGUGGAGAUGGAGAAGAUGUCCGAGCAGGACGUGCCAUUUGCCACUCCGUACGAAGGAGGUACCAUGCGCAACGGCACAGAGCUGAGGGGUACACUCAAAGAGCGCCAGGAGAUGAAGACUUAUGUGCCCAAGCACCCGAUGAAGGACCGACCGCUGCCUCAUCCGGAACAGUCUCCGCUGCGGAUGGACGAAACUUACUACGACAGCGCGCAGUGAUCGCCCGCCCCGACGCGAUGACAAGGCCCGAAAUAGACGCGGUCCCCUCAAGCACAUUCCCCUGUUCGAACAAGCGGGCACACAACCGCGGGCCGGGGACGCGUGAUCGAGACAACUCUCCGCAGUCGCCUUCAAUGAGCUGCGCGACGACAAGCGCCGGACCUCGGCCACAUCUACUUCCCCCUUCGUACGCGCACGAAGGCGACAAAACGACCAGACAUCGGGGUUGCAGCCCGGGGUGGCUGGCCCACGUGCUCAAGAGACGUGCAAGCUGCACGGACGCGUCAAAUGUGUGCAUGUGUGUGUGUGUGCGCGCGUGAGCGUGCAGGAGAGACGCAGGGUCUACCCAGUGUGGCACACUUCCUCGCCAGCUGUGAACCCGCGUUGUGUUCUGCGCAUUCUCACUCGCUGGUAGUAUGUCUUACAAAACCGGCGUUCUGGAUCAUUUUCCACACUCCUGGCACAGACUAUAGAUGCUGCACCGAGGAGUGUCUGGCACGGCGUAGGCUGUGAAGGGACACUGUGGCAACAGAUGCGCGCGCUGCAGGAGUUCUAUUCUUGCCGGAAAACUGCUUAAUGUUUCGUGAAGUCUUUGUUCUAGAGUGGCACUAUAUACUUUCAUAAUGAUAUUACUAGAAGACGUGGAGCUAAUGUCUGCGGGAGCUUACACUGUGGCGAUGCAGCUAUAUUUCAAUCACGGGUAGUGCGUGAAUUGUUCUUAUCUCGCUACGAGUUAAUUUCAAAUGUCUUUGCGCCUCCUUAAGGAUUUCAAGGUUCUUGUAACUCAACUAUGGUCCUAGAAUCAAUGGGCGGCUACUUUUAAUCUUACCUCUGCGGACUACUAUCUGACAGUUUUCGCAGCUUCCCGGGGAAAAAAAUAUAGUUUCGAUAUCAGAAGGAAUCAAGCUAGGGAGGCCGUUAUUUUCCGGAUCUAACCUACCAGGUAUAUAGGCUCCCAUUACCCAGAUGUAGCCGAACCCAUAAAACGAAUGCGGGCAUUUAUUUAAUACAGUAAUGAUUGCCAUGAAAUGUGCUUGCUGCAAAUGUCACUAAAGAAAUUAUACCAAGGCAAAUAAAACUGAACCCGGAAAAGAUAACCAGAAAAGAUACAAAGUAAAUACCCUAAAGCCUUACAGACCCCAACCGUGAGUCGUUUGGAGCCACAUGAUCGCGGCCAUGUCAAAGAAAUUACUAUUCGUGUGCUACCCGUGACUUCCAUCCUAAUGAGCGACUGCAGCGCCAUACUGCCUUCCGCUAGCUUUUGUUUAAAUAUCAAUUGGUGGCAGAACACUGUAAGAAGCAAAGGAACGAGCAGCCAUUGGCUAUCAGAUAAAAUUACAGCACCGAACGGCAGCAGCAAGGUAUUUUACGAAAUAUAUAGUACGCGACAUGCGGAGGGCUACCAGCUUCGCCUGCGUGCUAGUAUGUGCGCAUGCGGUACUCAUUUUCCUGUUGUAAAUCUACGCCUACUUCUCGUCGGGAGAAGCUGCGCUUUUGCCCCAUCCUCAGGAAUGAGUAAUGCUAAACAGCAAUCGUGCAAACCCUCUAGCGUUUUGAAAGGAGUCGCGCACAACACAUCGCGACAUCGCGCGACCUGGCAACAGCCCUGUUCAGGCGCAGCAGUCGCCUACACACUUUCGAAAAAGGAUGUCCAUUUAUGUUCCAGUUCACAAAUUCACAAAAGCAUCAAACAAGUUCCUGUAGCGUUCGCAACAUAUAUUGGCUGCUGGCUCCUUCGGCGCUUCAUUUUACUAAACAGCCACCACGAACCCUUUGCCGUUCAACGUUCCCGUCGUCCCACGCGUUACGAAAGUGAUACCACACAAGACUUCCUCAUAGCGCACCGACACUUAGGAAACGGACAUUUGUUAUCGAGAGAUGCUGGAGCCAUAGGUGACGCUUCAAGUGCUGCGCCGCGCGGCUGUUAAUUCAUACAGCUCCUACGUCACAUGUCUUUUGUAAGGCACUGUUACAGAUAUCUGAAGAGGUCCGAUUGCUCAUCGCGAGCGCUGCACCCUGCAGUGAGUGCAUGGCGAAAGCCCGCAAUAGUGAAAAGUGGACGCUACUAGUCCUCGUAAUAAAUGUUUCUCCGUGAAGUGAGGUCGUAAGGAGACGAGGCUCGACAAUAUUAAGUUUUAGGAACAGCGUUCCAGGCGGCGUAGCGUGCUCAAAGUGUUCGAUCGGCGACACUACGCGUGCGCGGAAGCCGACUUAGGUUUAGGUCCUUUUGUAUGAAAGGUGGUUAGCGUACGCUACCUUUGGAUCACUUAUCUCUAGAGCUAUCCAACAGUGAAGACUGUAUUGCGUUUAGGAGCAACGCUAUAGUUCGCGCCUGCAUAAGUUCACCGUUACUUUUAAGAAAUCAGGCAGGGAGUAAUAGAAAUGGAUUUUGGUUGGCGCUAAACAUGUCACUGAUCGUGAAACUACUGACGACCUAGACUCCAGUUAUGCAAGGAAAGUGACCUGUUCUUCCGCCGAAACGCUCCUUGCGAUGACCAGUACCCACGAAUUUUAUAAUGUGAAAUAUACCGAUGUGUCACUUGACAACGGUAACUGUAAUUACUUGUCCAGUCUCUUUUCUACUUACCUCGAACGUUUAGACACUAGGCAGACGUUCGAAACGUCAUCAUGUAGCAACUGGCAUUAAAUCUGCCGGAAGCGCAGUCUAGUCAUAUAUAGUCGUACAUGUUUUGUACCGCCCGCACUUACGAGCUGCUAUAGGAUCCGCAAAUCAUAAGCGCAGUUCUCGUGCAUACUAACACUGGUAAUAUCGCCAACACGCCUUUUGUUGUCAUUACUCACGAAGCAAUUUUAUCGUCUAUUCGCGUUUGCCUGGAGUCGUCGCUCCGUACAGCAUUGUCCACUUUAGCACAUUUUAGCACACAUUGCUGAGUACAUACACCCUGUCUACACCGUUACCACACUGCACAGCUGGCCAAAGUGAGAAUCACUAGCAGCCAUCGGUAACUGCCGCUCCACACAACACGAAACCCGUUAAAGCCAGAAGCGUUGAGGCAAGGAUUCCCUUGCAGAUAACGGCACGUUCAUUCUGAAGGUAUUGCACAUUCAUGUCUCAGUAACUGAAAUUGUGACCGCAGGAACAUUCCCCAUAGUAGCUCCUCCCUAUUGUACAGCCGUGCAAGGACGCGGCUAGUCUACACUCGUAUUAACACACAGCGUGCCAACAUUAAACUCAUGCUUACGGACGCAUUACAGAUCGCCUCCUCCUUGUCAAUAAAUUAAUAAAGAGAGCUCAUCAACGUAGAUUCAGUCGUAAACAAAGUGUUCGUAAUAAAGAUAGCACGGUCCUACCUCCCCAAAAACGCGAAUUUAGAAGAAAAAAAAACAAGGCAGCACACCAAACAAAUUACACUACAAACCAGGGUUCUAAGGAAGGAAUACACAAGGUAUCACACAAUCCGUGCGCCAGUUUACAGAAGGCAUUUACGAACAUCAGCACAAGAAAACGCGGCACUAUCACACAUGAAAAUGGAACAAGAGAGCCUCAGUCGUAAGCCAACGUUUCGGCCGCAAGAGUACCUGUGUUCGUCUAGGUCCUGACAAACUAGAAGUAUUCCUAUGUGAAAACAAAGGCCUUAAACGCAGACUAGUCCUAUUGUGUCGCAGCAAGGACCUUGACGAAGACACAUCGUACUCUGUCGAAACUAUGCUCCCCCUGCUUUGUUAUCGCUUAUUCACUCAAGUCAAGCCUCCGAAUUACAAGCCCGUCCGGGCUUAUCUUGGAACUUUAGUGCACGACAUUCGAAAGCGUUUCCCGCCAAUUUUGACUCAAUUGUGGGGCCAACACGACAGGGUAUAUUGCCGCAUUCGUGCGGCUAAGUACGAAUUAAAGAAUCUCAUUUACAUACCGCGGUUUGCUCUUUUAAGAGCGAAUAGCUGUGACCAUACACCUUUUUUUUGUUCAUGUUUCUAUUUCUUUUUGUACUUUCCUUUGUGUGACUGCUUAUUAAAAGCUCUCGUCCCCUCUGUUUCUGCACGCGACCAAAAAAUAUGCGCAUCGCUUAAAGCUGAGUGUGCCAUAAGAAAAAUUUGUGCACAACACAGGCCACACAAACACAAGAACUCCCGAUCGGUGAACAACGAUGGGUACAUGGCAGACGUCAUUACCUCGUAUUAUGAGUCUAGAUAUAGCAAAUACUCUCUUUGCUACGCGGGACAAAGCGUAGAGGUCGAAGAAGAAAGCGUAGCAAGACCUUAAAAAACACAGGUAUCGCCUGUCUCGAUUCUUGGAGACGAAUGGGAUGAAAUGCAGCUCCUGGUAGAGCAGCUUAAAGUACACGUUCAUGUGCCCACUAAAUGUACAAAAGAAUUUUUUUUAUAUCGAUUUGGCGGUAUCGCAGUGUAUCUUUGUUACGUGGAGCUUUUACGCGUACUGCGUGACUCAGUCAUCAGAGAUAUGGAGACAUUCCAACGAAAACAAACAAGCGUUUCAUUGUAUAUCGUGAUACAAUAAACCUACUUAUAGUGUUCA